ACAUUUCACUUUUUUACCGGCCCUUUAUCUUCCGACCAAUUCAAUCAUGAUUGGGGGUCGAAAACCCUUAAGGGAAGCAGAUCCUCAUCUCUUUUUGAAGACAAACUCUUUGAAAUGCCUUUAAAGGCUGUCGCGCGAAACAACAAAAUCCUUUAAACCAUUUGGAAAUUAACUGAUUUAUUUCUGAUAUUUGAUUUCGAGCACUUCAAAAAACUACCGAAAGAACAAAUGGCCAGAAAUUUACCGAUUUGUUUUUAUAAACUCAAAUCCAAUUAAAAGUCGAAAUUGAUUUUUCAAAUCAUCAAAACAAUUCGAAAACUCAUAAGAACCCAAAAGUAUUGAAAACUGAGUAUUGAUGAUUGAAGCAUGAAUCGAUUUUAUUUUUAGUCGGUCCAAACUGCGAUUACUCGUCUGUCGGCUUCGGCUGUCGGAAAACUAUGUCUUACGUGCCUCUCUCGGCCAAUUCAUUCUCGGGUCUUUUUUCACCUGAUACAAACAACCCUGCAAACCCAAAUUUAAUUCAUCAGCAACAAACAAACCAGUUACGAAAUCAACAACAACAACAACAACAACCGCAACCAUCUCAUUUUUCGGCAAGGCUUGCGAACACUUUUGGCACGUUUAAUGCUUUCCAGCCGACAUUUGAAAAGUUUACAAAUCUGCCUGCAAAAAAUGUAUUCACCCGAACUUCGAACCCACAAGUUUCUAACCGAAAUGCUUCUGUUUUAAGUUCAAAUUCGCCCUCGCAACAAAGCCCCGCCGCAAACUUUUACCGUUAUAACACAAAUUUCAACACUAAUACUCUCUCAGGCGUUCAAACUUCGGCCAAUUUUUCGCUGCCUCAGCAAAUCCGACUGCCAGUCUCAGAUUCUCCAAACUACAUCCAACUUGCAGCCGAAAAAGUUGCGUCUUUUCUCAACGCCGAAGCACCGUCAACUUUCCGAAACCCGUUCUCGGCUAACCUCUUUGGCUCGGCUCCUGCAAGUUCCGGCAUCCAACGCAGUGUGUGGUCACGAACAACCGGUAACUUAUCUGGCACUCCGGGUGGUUCCGGCGAGCAUCCGGGAAAAGUCACACCCUCAAUGUCAAUGGGAUUGACCAAUCAGCAACUUCGAGAAAUGCAAAGUGCACAAACGUUUGGACAACCGAGUCACGCGCCUGUAACGCAGGCGAAUCCAGCUAUCUAUUACCAUCCAAAUAUGGUACCUCAAGGAAACCUAACGCACACGGGUAACUUGAACCCCCAAAUACAGCUUACCCAGCCGAUUCCGCAGGCUAACAGAGGCCAUUUGGACUCGACGGGUUCAAUUUUUGUCGGAAUGCCUCCGGGUCAACAAAGUUUACAGCAGGGAAACUCAAGUGCUUUGAACCAAUUUGCCCGCAAACCGACUCACAAUAUCCUUACUCCUCAAGGUACCCAAUUCACAACUCAACUUGGAAACAUGGCCAACCCAGGCACCUAUGGAACCCAACAGCAAAUCGGAGGCUAUCCUGGAACCAUUCAGGUUGGAACCACGCCAGCUCAACUAGAAGCAGAACAGAGGUUCAGAAGAAGUCAACAACAACAAGUACAAACGUCAAAGUUAAACCCCACCCCCUAUUUAGGCUUGAACACAAAUUCAAACAUUGCAAACGUUCCUCAGUUGGGGGGAAAUGGGCUGAGCGGAAGUUAUCAGUCAGUUUUUUCGGACUCCCAGUUAAACCAAACGUUCCAGCCUUUUCAGAACCCAGUUCAGGGCUCAAUUUUGAACCCCUCAGAUGCUCUGGGAACCCUCCAACGUCAGAAUCCGAUGUAUCUUUCUAUGGACGGUGGUCUGAACUUGAUAAAUGAGCAGAAAAACAAUGAGCUUCAAAUGCAGCAGCAGAACAUAUUGUCAGCAAUUGAGCGAAGUAGAGGCUUAGAUCGUCUGUCGGUGGAACAACUGUAUAAUCAGCAGAGGUCUCGAAGUCUGGAUCAAUCUGAACCCCUUGUCCCCUCUCCAAGUCUGGCAGGAACUGUUCCAGCAGCUCCCACAUUACAGGCUACCUCUAGUUUGUCUCUUCAAAAUAGUCAAAUCAAUUCCACCUCACGAUUUCCUCAAUUUCCAGUAGAUUUGGCGCAUCGGUUGCAUGCACAACACGCUACAGGCUACCAAGUACCUGCGGAGUUCUCAAAAAGAUCGUCUCUCGAUUCCGGGUUCCGCUCUCUGGAUCCCCAGUUGAUAAAAAGCGGACUAGAUCAAUCGGUGCCGCAGAAAUCAGUUUCAUUCAACGUCAAUCAAAAUUCAACACCUACACAUUCGAGUGUUCAAGCGUCACUUACAAAACUUUCAGAACUUUUUCCAGAUUGUGCGGAAUGUCGUCGACUCGAGGAAAACCGACGUCUGUUCCGAACGAGUCUCAAACUUCGCUCAAACCCGUCGGAAAGCUGGUCGGACUAUAUGAAAGAAAAUGACCGUUUUAUUAGCUCACAGGACGAAGACAGUUUGCGAAAGCUGGCGAAAAUGGUAAGUGCAACGUUCUCCGGAGAUUCUGACAGCGCCGACUCCGAAGGUCGUUUCACCCGAGGUUACGCUACCUCAGCUUCGGACUACCCAUAUACCUCCCGAUACCCAUCUGAAAACGCAAACAAACUUGGUCACGGGUUCGGAUCGGCCCGAUCACUGCCAUCGGCUUAUGUCGAUCAACUUGAAUCGAGCCUGGUUCGAGGCGCUUUGGACUCACCUGGAUCCCUGCGGUCACGAAAGACCUCGUCACUAUCGGAAGUGGACAUGCAACGUCGCUUGGACCUAGAAAGGGACCUUUUGCGACCUUCUAGAAGCCGCGCUCCUUCUCAAGAUUACUUGGCUAAUACGGAGUACGCUAAGGCUGCCGCGUAUGCCGCAGAACUCAACCAGAAGCUUGGCGCUUUCACAGCCGAAAUGGAGAACUUAUCCCUUGAUAGAAGUAAGUUACGAGGAAGAUCCAGGGAUCGUAAAUCGAACGAAAAAGAUCGAAGAAUGUCGUCUCGCGACAAUACACUUCGGGAAAGAUCAAAGUCAAGAACACUUGAAGAUUCAGCGGCAGCUGCACAAAGAUUAAGAAGUGCGUCCCCCGAACAUGCUAAAAUGAGCAGAAGGCUUGACCGAAUAGGGAAAAGUGCUCGAGAUUAUUCACCAGUCGGAAUUGCAGCAACAAAUUAUGGCGACAGCUACAUCGGCGAUGGCUUCAGCAGCAUUCAGAGAGCUCGCAACCGAAGCUCGUCCAAAACCCGGGUAGCUCACGACGAAGUUUCUGAAAAUUAUCCGACACCUCGAAGACGUCUCGGAUCGAACAAAGAUCGUGGAACAUUCCCUGACGAAGAACUUCUUCGUAAGAAGCCGACUCGCGACCGAAAUCGCGAAUCACGUCGGGGAUCAUUUUACGAGUCAAGGCCUCACGACAGAAGAUUUGGCGUGCGAGAUGCGUGCGAGUCUAGCAGCUCCUCAAUCGACCGACUCUCCAGUCCAGAUAGAAGAAACCGAAAGUCUGGCACUUAUUUGCCAGGUCAAAGUUACGACUCGCAACGUGUAGGAUCACGUGACAGGUCGUCGUACCGGGAUCGUGACCGGCUCUAUGAACGAACACUUGAACUGGACAAGAGUAGACGACUACCUGAAGUGCCCGGAAACAAUAAUUAUUCAAACGAGUCCGGAUACUCGUCGCAAAGUCAGCGUGCAACUCGUGACGAUAACGAAAGAAAUGCUCGCAACAACUCCAGUAACCACCGAGACUCCACAACUAUGUUUAAACAUUCCAACCAAGCCACUUCGCGAGACAAUCGCAGUGGUUAUUUGGCUGAAAAUGACUACCAUUAUCAGAAUUCCGGAAACUACCACAAUGGUAACCCUCAAUUUAAUGCUGGAACUCAUAAUAACUAUCACCAAAAUAGUCAAAGUCAGUAUUCGAAUCAAUAUCAGCAAGGAAGUUAUGGAGGAGGAAAUUAUUCACAAGAUACCGGCAACAUGCCAGCCCAAAGUUAUGGCUAUAACGCGAACUCCAGUGAACCGUAUAACAGGCAAAAUAACGGAACCAAUUACACCAACAUGCAUGUAAACAAUAACAUAAACAGCAGCAACAAUAGUUCCGGUUACAACAACAAUCAGAAUCAGAGCUACCAGCAGCAUUUACAAGCUGGUAAUAGCAGCAACACUGGGAAUAAUCAGUUUAUGAACCAGCAACAACGAAGCGCCACGCCUCAAAAUUACUACCCGGCGGUUAAUCAUAAUAACUCGAGCAACACCUUUAACAACAAUAACAAUAACAACAACAACAACAUGAACAACAACAACAUAAACAACCAAAGUGGGAAUGUAGGGGGAGUGAUGGCUUCUGUUCCUGGAGGAAACAAUAUGAUGGGGGGAGCUGUAAGCAUGCAAAAUAACCAAAUGCUGAACCAAAACAACAGCAGUAUGAACAACAGCAAUACUGGUCACGUGAUGGGAGGGGGAGGUGUGAACAACCAGGGGGGACAGAUGGGUGCGAGCUCAGCCCCCCCGAGCCUUCUUUCACAACAGACCAAUCAAAAACAGUAUAAUAACCGUCCAAUUCAACAGCAAAAACCCACCGAUAACACAAACAGAAACAGCAUCAACAACAACAACAACAACAACAACAACAACAACAACAACAACAACAACAACAACAACAACAACAACAGCAACAGCAACAGCAACAAAAAUAUCGGCAGCAGCACCAACAGAAAUGACGAUAGCCUUAACAGUAACUACAAGCCUACUAGCCCUACAAACACCCAUCAGCUGUCUUCAAAGAUUCCAGGCCAGACUAAUCACCUCACCUCUCAAUCAAGUGCAGGUGUGAACGAAGUGACUAACCCCCAACCCAUCGUUACGCCCGGACAUAUUGCAUUUCUGAACAACGAGAGACAGAUGCUGAAAGAGGAAAUGGCCAAAUGCAAGGACUUCAUGAAGAUGGAAAUAAUUCCUGAAGAUUCCAUUGACUUCGUCAAAUCAACCUUGAAAAGAUCAAAUCAUUUAAUUGAUGACAACUUUUCACGCGCUUCUAGACUGUCACAGCCCAAUAUGGUGACACUCUGA